AUGCAUAAUCACACUCUCGUCGCCCGCGAUGCUCCCUUCGACCUCAUCCCGUACAACCCUUCCGCCACGGCGGCUUGGGCAUUCGUCGUUCUUUUCGCCAUCGGAGGAACCGUACACUUUUUCUACCUCUGCUUCCUCCGAGCAUGGUUCUUCAUUCCCUUAGUUCUAGGCUGCGUCGGCGAAGCAUUCGGCUACUACGGGCGUGUCCUCGCACACGACCACCAGCGCAAGGUCGGGCCGUUCCUGCUGCAACUGAUGCUGAUCCUGGCGUCUCCGCCCUUCCUCGCCGCGACCAUCUACAUGACGCUGGGGCGAGUGAUCCGCGCGCUCGACGGCGAGCACCACUCGAUCAUGCGCACCAAGUGGGUCAGCAAGAUCUACGUGCUCGUCGACAUCGCAUGCUUCGGCAUGCAGAUGUACGGCUCGGCCAUCCAGGGGUCGGGCGACGCGGCGGCCGCCGCCCAGGGCAUGACCAUCGUGCUAAGCGGCCUCAUCUUCCAGCUCGUCGUCUUCGUCUUCUUCAUCGCCAUGGCCGCCGUCUUCCACCUGCGCGCCAACAGGGAACCUACCCGCAUCUCGCGUCGCCCCGGGAUCGAGGGCUUGUGGAGGAAGUGCAUGUGGGCCCUGUAUGUCGUCAGCGCCCUCGUGCUGGUCAGGAACGGGUAUCGGAUCGCCGAGUUCGCGGAUAAGAGCAAAACGAUUGAGAAGCACGAGGCCCCGAUGUACGUGUUCGACGCGGGUUUGAUGUUUUUGGUUCCGGUCGUUUUGGCCGUGAUGCAUCCUGGGAGGUUGAUGAGGAUGAUUCGGAAAUUGAAGGAUCUUCCGCCGCAGGAUGAUAGCGAAUGCGUUCCCCUGGACAAUCCCCCAAGGGCAAAUGAGUGGACGCAGUGGAGAUAA